AACUUUCAUAUCCUCGUCCCUGCUUAGUGCUUAAUUUCUACUUUCUACUUCUAGCUAACAAAGUUAAGUAAACUUUCGCUUCAGUACUUUAUAUAUAUAUAAUGGCUGUGGCUUUGACGAUUCUGGUGACCCUUCUCUCGGUUCUCUCUUCUGCAUCGUGUGCACGAAUGGUUGGGGGGAAGACGGAGAUCCCUGAAGUGAGAAAAAACAGGCAAGUGCAAGAGCUUGGAAGGUUCGCGGUGGAGGAGUAUAACCUUGGUUUAAAGCUGUUGAAGAACAACAACGUCGACAAUGGGAGAGAACAGUUGAACUUUUCAGCGGUGGUGGAGGCGCAGCAACAAGUGGUGUCAGGGAUGAAGUACUACUUGAAGAUCUCUGCUACUCAUAAUGGUGUUCACGAAAUGUUCAACUCUGUGGUGGUGGUCAAGCCAUGGCUUCAUUCCAAGCAGCUCCUCCAUUUUGCGCCUGCAUCAUCAUCCACCACCACCACCACCACCACCAUGCAUCCAGUAGUACGUAAAGAUAAUUGAGUUGCAUGCGUACGUGGCUUGCUUUAAUUUGGAGCUAAUUAUAUGAUAAUAAUAACCAUAUUAAGGUUAAUUUCUUGACUGGAUACAUGCAUGGCGGUAUUUGUAAUUGCAAGUGAGCUUUUUAAUUUUCUUCUAAUAAAUUUUAAUUUCCUCUA